AUGGAUCUUGGCAGACCUGAUCGAUCUUUAUGCGACGACUAUAUGUUUGGGUGCAUCCCUGAUCAUGACGACGACGAAAAUGCAUGUGUAGCUGAAGAAAUCGAUGCCAUUAAUGAUGAGACGUUUGGAGAUGACAUGCAGGAUUCGAUCAACAGCGAGCUGGAGGAUUAUGCGGCACAGACUGCUUGUCUGCGUCUUGACGAUGCACCUUGGGAUGCUCCAGGUUGCUCGAAAGCUCCUGCGCCAGAUGCAUCCAACGUUCCUCUACCCGACUUCGACAUCUUCGGGAACUCAUUCACUAGUUUUGGUACCGAAUCAAUGGUUAGCAUGGCCUUAUUUAUAUUCAUUUCGUUUUUGCUGUUUACUUUCGGGUUUUUUUACGUUGUUUACGUCUUUGAUUUUGAAGAUCUCUAAUU